GGGAUUGUUCCACUCUAGAGACAAGAGGAGGUGACUUAAGCGAAGAAAGCACUUUAGAAAGACUCUCGGGUUUGAAGGACUCAGCAGGCUCCAAGGAAGGACAGAAUGUAAAUCCUUCACACCCAAGGGAGUCCACGUUUGCAGUGGAGUCCGAGAGAGUGAAUACUUUGCAGAUAGACACUGAUCAACUGGAGAGUGACUCUGAGGCCUUGAGCACUCACAAGGCCAGAGCAGAAACUUCCAUACCCUGUGCUGGAGUAUGUUCUGUUAGCGGAGAGGGAAAAUAUCAUAAAAAUGAACCAAAGCAACUUGAAGCCUUCAGCAAAGAGCACUUAGAUAAAAAAAAGAAGGGCAUUCAGAGGUUUGACUGGAUUUCAGGGCACAAUGAGAGUCGAAGUCCUCACUAUAAAGAUAUAAAUAAGCCAUCAGAUGUAGCAACUAACUUAUCCACCAGAGGACAGGCUAUUCACGAAGUGCCUAGUCCAUUGAUUCUGCCAGUAUUCAGAAAAACGCUAAACCCAGCCUUGAGCAAGUUGAAAACUGUGGAGAGUGCAUCCUUGCACAGGAGGGGUCUGGCAAUGGAGGCCCAUUUGAGUGACCUGAGUUCUCGUAAUGCUGCAGAGUGGACAUUGCAAAAGCCAAGUCUCCAGAUAAAUGCAGAUCUUACUGUUAGCAAACAGUCAUGGACAGUAAAUGCAGAAGACUCUGUGGAGCGAAUCCCAGUGAUGUCUCUAGAACAGACUCCCUGCAGCUCCUAUGACAUUGAGAUGAGGCCAUACAUGUGCAAUGUCUUGCUAGAGGAGCAGGGCAAGGACGAGCUUGGCCCAGAGGAGGAUCCCACUGUGUACACAUGCAUUGAAUGCAGCAUUUACUUUAAGAAAAAGGAACACUUGAUGGAUCACAUGCUUCAGCAUAACCGGGGACCAGGGCAGGACCAACACAGAGAUGCAGUUGGAGGUCAGUGUCAGUUCUCCUGUAAUGAAUGUGGAUGGGCAUUUGGGGACUCUGGCUCUCUGGAGCAGCACAAGAGGCUUCAUCAGGAGUCCAGGGAGAAAAUAAUUGAAGAAAUCCAGAAGCUCAAUGAGUUUCCAGAUGAAGGUCGGGAAGCCCGGCUGCAGUGCCCCAAAUGUGUCUUUGGAACCAACUCCUCUAAAAUUUUCGUCCAACAUGCCAAGAUGCACGUCAAGGAGAGGAAGGACCAAGGCAUGAAGAAUGUGAAUCUCUUUGGCAGUGGAGAAAUGCAUGACAGCCCGGUGCACAACAUCUACAAACACUUCACACCAAAUAAACACCCCCCUGUGCAGGUGCAGCCACACAGCAGCAGUAAAGGACUCAGCACCUGCAUGCUCUGCAGCUUCCCUGCCCCCAAUGAAAAUAUCCUAAAGGAACACAUGAAAUAUGCCCAUUCCCAUCUUUCUUGGGACACAGAGUCUUUUGAAGAGGAUUCUAAUCAGCCUGGAACUAGCCGAGAUGCCUACAGCCCUGCUAAGCCAGGCCGAUUUUCAGACACGGAUUAUUUUGGAAAAGCAGAAAGACUGUUUCCCCAGCCUCACCGAGAAAGCACAUCCCAUUAUGAAUCUGUCCAUAACUUUGCCAUGGGUCACCAGAGACUUAGUAAAAGCAAUGGGACUAAUAAAAAGGACUUCCAGACGUCAGGGUUUCAUGCAAGGAAAGCAGGUCCAUACAGUGCCCUGCAUAAAAAUUUAGGGCUGUCCACCCUUACCUCAGCAAAAAUGUAUUCUCCUUUUGCCUUGCAGCAAAUAAAAAAAAGAAGCACAGUACACCACCUUGAGAUUGAGGGGGGCAAUGUCAGGAGCCCUCCUGGGGGACUGGAGGAGCUCAAAUGGAGGCACAAAUGGGCAUCAGCAAAUGAUGUUGGGAGCAUGGAAGAAGAAAUUUCUUUAACCACAGAAAUAGAUCUAACUGAAAAUAGAAGCUUCAAACCUUUUGCAAUUCCUCAGUCUGCUUUGGACCUGAAGAGAACUUUCAGAGACACCUUGAAAGUAACAGACUCUUCUAUAGCAUCAGAAGAACAGCAGUAUCAGCUACGGAAGAUGGUCCCCAUUGUCCUUCUGGAGGAAAUGAACCUUCAUCCCCAAAAUGCAAAGCAGCCAAAGGGGAAGCUGUACAAGAAGAAAAUAGUUCCUUCCAAGGAGUUCCUGAUGGAUGAGGCCCUCCCCUUAGAUAUACUCCUGCUUGACUCCCCUCUAGAGGGUUCCCUAGAGCUAGAUGACCUCUUGGAUACAGACUCACCCAUGCUGAAGAACGAAGAGAGGAAAUGCCCAUACUGUCCUGACAGGUUCCACAAUGGGAUUGGCUUAGCCAACCAUGUGCGGGGCCACCUGAACAGGGUGGGUGUGAGCUACAAUGUCCGUCAUUUCAUCUCAGCAGAAGAAGUGAAAGCUAUUGAGCAAAAAUUUUCCUUCCAAAAGAAGAAGAAAAAAGUUGCCAACUUUGACCCAAGUACUUUCAGUUUAAUGCGAUGCGAGUUCUGUGGGGCUGGUUUUGACACACGUGCCGGUCUGUCCAGCCAUGCCAGAGCCCACCUGAGGGACUUCGGUAUCACCAACUGGGAGCUGACCAUCUCCCCAAUUAACAUCUUAAAGGAGUUGUUGGCCAAAUCAUCCGAACACCCUAUGCUGCAGUCUGCAUUAGGAAUGGAGCCUUCAUCCCCAAACCGAGAGAGGGAGAUGCAUGGGUUUGGACACCGAAAAAACAUGACUUCUAUGUCUGAAUGCAGCAUUCCACGGUCUCCUUUAUCCCCGUUCCCACCUGCCUGGGGAGAUGAGUCCAUGCAGUCCUUCCGAGAUGUUAUGGCCUCUGAGGAGGAAGAGCUGGUUGCCAUGGAAGUGGGGUCACCACCCAUCCCAAAGAAGAGUACAUCAGCUGGGCAGCUGGAUCCGACUCCAAGCAGAAUAGGGACCAAACUGUCUCCUGAGCCACCUGGAAACAAGCCAGACCCCCAGGAUUCCAAAACUCAAAACCUCACAACGUGCGAGGUCUGUGGUGCCUGCUUUGAGACCCGCAAAGGGCUAUCCAGCCAUGCUCGUUCCCACCUGCGGCAACUUGGUGUGGCAGAGUCUGAGAGCAGCGGAGCUCCCAUCGACUUGCUCUAUGAACUGAUGAAGCAGAAGGGCAAACCUGACAGCAGCCCAAUGUCCCCAGCCCUCAGCAAAAAAUCCAGCUCCCCCAAAGAAGGCACAGGCAGCUCCCCACGGCCAACACUGCUGUCUCUCAGCAAGACAGGCGACCGCUCACCAGAGCCCUCCGUGAACAAAGCAAUCAAGUCCCCACCAGGCUUCUCCUCAAAGGGCCUGUCACAGCCAGGAUCCCCCAUCCUUAAGAAAGUGCCACCCACGCUCUCGGGAUCCCCCUCUCUGAAAAACCCUGAGGACAAGACCCCAAAGCUGUCCCUGAGCCCCUUGCAGAGCUCUCCGAAAGCACAGUGGCCACAACCCGAGGAGGAAGGGCCUUUAAAUCUAACCUCUGGAUCAGAGCCUGUGCGGGACAUCCGGUGCGAGUUCUGUGGCGAGUACUUCGAGAACCGGAAGGGGCUCUCCAGCCAUGCCCGGUCCCAUCUGCGCCAGAUGGGGGUGACCGAAUGGUAUGUCAACGGCUCCCCUAUCGACACACUGCGGGAGAUCCUCAAACGCAGAGCUCAGUCCCGGGGCAGCACCACAAAUCCACCAACCCCAGGGCACAAAGCCAUGACCAAGACCGUCAUCGGCAACAUGGGAUCGCUGGAGCUCCGCAACCCAGGAGAAAUUCAUGUGCCGCCCCGGGAGGGUCCGCAGCCAGGGAGUCCCAUGGGACACUCUCCUACCUCCUCCCCACCCCCAACAGCCAGGAAGAUGUUUCCAGGGAUGGCGCCUCCCUCUUUUCAGAAGAAGCUGAAACAAGACCAAAUGAGAAUGGAGAUCAAGCGAGAGAUGAUGUCUGGGAACCUCCAUGGUGAGCCCCAUCCGUCCGACAGGGCCUGGUCUCCACGGGAAGAGCUGUCCCCUCUGAACCUCUCCUCCCGUGCUGACCCUGUGAGAGACAUCCGGUGUGAGUUCUGCGGCGAGUUCUUCGAGAACCGGAAGGGGCUGUCCAGCCAUGCCCGGUCCCACCUGCGCCAGAUGGGUGUGACUGAAUGGUCUGUCAAUGGCUCCCCCAUUGACACACUGCGGGAGAUCCUCAAGAAGAAGUCUAAGCCCUGUAUGAUCAAGAAGGAGCCCCAUGCUUCCAGCAUAGAGUCCCUCAAGCCAAUGGCCGAGGAAGGUGCAGUUCCCAAAUCCCCUGGGAAAAUGCUGCAGGCCAUGUCCCUCCCCUCUCUGGGUGGAAGGACGGGGAAGCCUAACCCUGGAGGUUCCAGUCUCAGCAGGGAGAUCCCACUCUCGCCACUCACCAGCAAACCCCACGGGGGCUUCCUGACUCCUAUCUCCACAAAGCGGCCACUGCAGGAGGAGCGGCUUGGGGGCCAUGGUGAAGUCAAACAGAAGACCUACAUCCAGACCGAGCUCCCCUUCAAAGCCAAGGCGGCUCAUGACAAGCCCGCACACACAUCCAGUGAAGCCUGCUGCGAGCUCUGCGGCCUCUACUUCGAGAACCGCAAGGCACUGGCCAGCCAUGCCCGGGCUCAUCUGCGGCAGUUUGGUGUGACUGAGUGGUGUGUGAAUGGCUCCCCCAUCGAGACGCUGAGCGAGUGGAUCAAGCACAGGCCUCAGAAGGCCGGAGCCUAUCGCAGCUACAUCCAGGGGGGCCGGCCCUUCACCAAAAAGUUCCGCAAUUCAUCCCACUCACGGGAGCAGGACGGCCCGGGGAAGAGGCUGCCCCUGGGCCUGCAGCCGGGCGCUGUGGCGCUUAUGAGCAAGAGCCUAGUGGGUGAGAUGGGACACAACGAGCCUGGCAAACUUCUGGAUGGGGGCAGUAGCAGCGAGCGACCCAUGGUCACCUCUCCGCUGUCGCUGGUGAAGGUGGAGGAGCAUCGCCAGAACAUCAACAAGUUUGAACGAAGACAAGCCAAACCUCCAGAGGCUCCCCUCUCCCGAGAGGAGGAGGCCAGCGACUUCCAGCAAAAAAUGGAGGAGACUCGCCAGCCUCCUCCCAGGAUGAGACCGGUGCCGUCACUGGUCCCCAGGCCUCCGCAAACCUCCUUGGUGAAGUUUGUGGGUAACAUCUACACUCUGAAGUGCAGGUUCUGCGAGGUGGAAUUCCAGGGCCCUCUCUCCAUCCAGGAAGAGUGGGUGCGGCAUCUCCAGCGACACAUCCUUGAAAUGAAUUUCUCCAAAGCAGACCCCCUGCGCAGUGAGCCAGAGGCCCCCGAGGUGCAGGCCGUCGCUGAGGCCCAGUAACGGAGCCCGCUUCCCAGCGUCCCUCUGCCCCUCUAUUGAACAAGCACGUUUCUAAAGGAACAAGCUGAAGGACUCUGCUGCAGAUAGUUACGGAGGGGGGAUAGCAAAAUUCUUACUCCUGGGCUCUGCAGCCUCCUGGAGUCCAGCUUCCCCUGUACUGACUCACAUUGCAGGGGGGCAACAUUGAGCACUACAUGACACAAGACAUUCUCCUGGGGGAGACGGCCAUUCCAGACGGGAGCUUGGACUCAACUGGUGCUCCUAUGAAGCAGGCUGCACAGAAUCCUGAGACGCUUAAGCCAUGCUCCCGUCGUAAAGGGAGGGUGUGAAAUGAGAUUUAUUUUUCCCAGUUGGGAACGGGAACUCCCUGCAAAAGCGGGUGGUUGUGGGGAUCCCUCUUUACUUCUAAUGAAUGCAGAUUAGUCCAGAGACUCUGAUCGCAGGGAGGGGGAGCACACAUUUGCUCUGUCAUGAUUCAGGUUUUGAUGAGAAUUGCAAAUGUGACAGUGCAUCAGGCCAUCGAUAAUGAGAGGGGGAGAGAGGAGAAAGCAACUCUGUGGUGGUGAAUGUUGUUAAUUAUGUAUAUGGCCCUAGAGUUAAUGUAUAUUCAAUUCCUUAGACAAUGAUGAAUUUAGUUCACGUAGUUGUCAGAGUCCAUUCUGAUUGGGUUGCGCUGCAUGUUAUCCAUCCCCUUCCCCCAGACAAUGCAUCGUUGGUCAACUUCAUCCCACUCAUUAAAUGGCAAGUCAUGGAUUUACUGAUCCUCCACCUGUCUCGUCCAGUCUACAUUCAUUCUUUCCCUCCCCCAACUCCUUGCUCUCCAGUUGUCCUAACCAUUUCACUUGAGAUUGUGUAGUGCCCAGUGGUGACCCAACACUAGCGGAAGGAGUGGCGUUAGGCUACACACUGCCUUCCUGUCCUUUUUAGCCUUCGAUUGUAGAAUGUCUUAAGGUCUCUGCAGUGCGACCUCCUGCCCCACCAGUUUGAAGGGUGGGUGAGUAAACUCCUGACUGAGUUCAGGCAUGUGAAUCCCAGCCAGGUCUGUCCCAGGAGGCAUGACAGCGAGUGUGGACUUCCAGGGUUCUCUGGCAAAGUUCUGAGUGCUGCUAACACUCUUCCUGCCGAUUCAGACUCCAAAACAGCAACAGUGCUGGUUGCCAGCUGUCUCCAGGAGAACCUGGAUGUUCUCCAUGCAGCCCUGGGCGCUGUUGCUUUUUAUGUCUAGCUGCAUAGAACCUCGACUUUUUUAACUCUAGUUUUGUGUAGAAAUAACAAGCAUUCAUUUUUAUUUGGAAUCCCAAGCUGAGCAGAGCUUGGAGGGAAUUUACCUUUUAACUUUUUUCAUUGGGCAUAUUCUGGUUAUUAAUGUACCUAGGAAUAUGUAAAUUAGAUUAAACUUCUCUUCUGGAAACCAAGCCAA